AUGUCUUCCAACUCGAACGUCGACUUCAACAAAACCGUUGGUCACGAUGCUGGCACCCAGCCCGUCGCAUGGAACCGUCGCGAUCUCCUCACCUAUGCCGUUAGCAUCGGUGUUGGACCCAAGGACCUCGACUACGCCUAUGAGCGCGAGGCUGGCUUCCGUGCUUUCCCCACCUACCCCGUCGUCCUCGCUCUCAAGGGCACGUCGCAGGACACCACCGUCUUCUCCGAGAUGGUCUCAUCUCGUGCGGCUGUUCCCGGCUUCCCUUCGCUCGACCUCAACACCGUCGUCCACGGUGAACAGAGUAUCGAGAUUCACGCUCCCAUCCCUCUCGUCUCAGGUGAGGGUUGGAAAUUGGAAAAGCGCAUUUCGGCAGUUCACGACCGACCGACCGGUCUCAUCAUGGAGACUGAAGUCCGUCUCAUCAGCCCCGUCGGUCGCAACCACGCUACAAUGAUCGGCAGCAGCUUUUACCGCGGCGGUGGACAAGGCACUGGCUUCAACAAGUCGAUCAUCACCAAGCCUCCCACCCCCAAAGCACCCACUCGCGACCCCGACUUCACACUUUCCGAGAAGACCACCCUCCAACAGGCUAUGAUCUACCGUCUCUCCGGUGACUACAACCCUAUCCACAUCGACGGAGGUCUCGGCGAGAAGGUCGGUCUCGGUGGUACCAUCCUGCACGGUCUCUGCUCGUACGGUUUCGCUGCUCGUGCAGUGCUCAAGGCUGUCAACUCGGGCAACGACGGUGUACCCGCCAACCUCACUGGGGCCAAGACAAGGUACGAGCUCGAGGCUUUCGCUGUGAGGUUCACCUCGCCAGUGAGGCCUGGUGAUGAGCUCGAGACAAAGGUCUGGUUGGUCGGCGAAAAGGACAGUAAGCAGGAGAUCGCAUUUGAGCAAUUUGUCAAGAACACCGGCAAAAAAAGUCUAGGUAUGGGUUACGCCAGAGUUGUCAAGGUUGCCAACGACGAUGUUAGCCGCUUUGCCAAGCUCUAA